CCCUCUCUCCGUGUCUUCCACUCUCUUUCUCUCUCUAUUUCUUGGAAGAAGAAUUCGGGGUUUUGGAUCGGGCGCUGGGGUUCUUCGAUAUUCUUUUCGUUUGGAGAAGAUUUCAGGGAUCGAUAAAGAUAGAUUGGAAGAAGGGGUUUAUAAUUACGGGCUUGCGGGAGUUGGUAGAUAUUCUCCCUCGAUUUCUCCGAACGGGAUAUUGGAUGUAGUGGGGAGGAACUGGAACCUGAUGUUUUUAUCAAGUUUCAUUGGGAACUUAUGAAUACAAUGUGUCAUGCAUGUGGCUCAGAAAAGACACCUCUGGAUAGUGGAUAUCGCUGUAAAAUUUGCCAUCAUUCCAUCUGUCAGGAGUGUAAAAAAAGGGAUAGUUCUUCUGCCCUGGAUGAUGAAUACCUGGUUGGGCACUGUAAGCCCACUGAAAGUCUGGAGAAGUAUGGCAAAGGGUCUUUAAGAAUGGAUGGUUUGAGUCCUUGCACCUCGCCUUUGGUUAGUCCCGCGCUCUCUCUGUCAAGCUAUGGAAGUUGUGUUUCAAGCCUUGGUAAAGCCUUGGUGAUUUCCCCGCUGAUUUGAGUUCACAAAUGAGGGAGAAUGGAGUUGAGUCUCUGGAUACUGGUCAAAAGCAUCCAGACCUACGAUUUACCGAACACGUAAAAGAUCAUAGAAAUGGAAAUUCAUUCAAAGAUAUAGAUAUUCAGUCUUCUCAUGCUAAGGUAAAUGUAGAUGGACCAUCAGUGGGCUAUUUAGAUGGCAGUGGCGAGAAAUCUGGACUUUAUAAUGGCAUGCCAGGUGAUGCUCGAUCCAUGAGAAUUGCUGAUGAUUCAGAUGGGACAGAGAAUGCCAUUGACAGCAGUAGUCCAACAUUCUUAUCCUAUUUUGAAAAAGAUUCUCUCAUCUGGAUACCACCUGAACCGGAAGACAUGGAAGAUGACAUGGAUAGCAUUGCUAAUUAUGAUGACGACGAUGACUAUGGUGAUGGUACAAAAUGGGGUCAACCGAGUUCUUUAAGCAGUCUCGAUGAAGAAAAUGGGAGUGCUCACAGUUAUAAAGAAGAGCGGCAAAAGGCAAUGUUGGAAGCAAUGAAUGGACAGCUCAAAAUUCUUGUAAGUCGACUUUUGGCCUCUGAGGGCCUCAACUUUUCUGGAAAAGAGGGUGACAAGAGUUGGCUUGACAUUGUGGCAUCAUUAUCAUGGGAAGCCGCGCUGCUUGUCAAGCCUGAUGCUAGUGAGGGAAGGGCAAUGGAUCCUGGUUCAUAUGUGAAGGUGAAAUGUAUCGCAUCUGGUACUCGCAGUGAAAGUCAAGUGAUCAAAGGCUUAGUUUUCAAGAAGAAUGCUGCACAUAAGCGCAUGCCAACCAAGUUCAAAAAUCCUAGACUUCUUCUCCUUCAGGGAGCCCUAGGGCAUUCUGCACUUAAUUUGUUAUCAUUUGAGUCAAUGGAAGAGGAAAAGGACCAUUUAAAGUCUAUAAUUGAGAUGAUAGAAACAUGUCAGCCAAAUGUAGUUCUGGUAGAGAAAACUGUUUCACGUGACAUACGAGAAUCUCUUCUUGCAAAAGGAAUCACGCUGGUCUUUGAUAUGAAGCUUUCACGCUUGCUAAGAAUUGCACGAUGUACUGCUUCUCCCAUCAUUUCUUCGGCUGACAUUCUGAUGAAAGUGAAGCUGAAGCAAUGUGAGUCUUUCCAUAUUGAAAAAUUUACAGAGGAGCAUAAUAUCUGUGGUGAAGGUGGAAAAAGGCCGUCCAAAACUUUAAUGUUUUUUGAGGGUUUUCCAAAACCUUUGGGUUGUACGAUACUGCUGAAAGGAGCACAUAGUGAUGAACUGAAGAAGGUUAAGCGUGUGGUGCAUUACACAGUCUUUGCAGCAUAUCACUUGAUUGUUGAAACUUCAUUCUUUGCAGAUCAGAGGUUAUUUUUCUCUGGCAAAAAUUCUGUAAGAGGAAAUUCUGGUUCUUCUAAAGCUAAACCCAUGCUCUUAGCUAGUUGUGAUGCUGCACCUUAUUCAGAUAUUUCUAGUAUUGAAUGUUCUACUUCUAGCAUCACUCCAGUGCAUGCACUGGAUAUUCCAAUUUUUGAUGGACAAUUAGAAAAAUAUGUUCACAAGCAAAUGCCAUCAGUAUCUGGUCAGGGUGCUGAAAGGUCUUUUUUGUCACCUCACCUAAAUCCUGAUGUUAGUUCGCUUGGAGAUAGUAUUAAUCACAGAGAUUUGUUUUGCAAUAAACCAUGCAGUAGUGGUUUCCUCCAGUCUGAUUCAUCAGCAUUGCUUAAACCCGGGCAGGUUCUAUCAUCUGUCUCAGUUUCUGUUAAGAAAUGUUUAGGAGAAAGCUUCCAAUCUCACACUUCUGAGUCUGAUUCAUCAUUCUUUGGCUUCAAUGAGAAGAUGCUUGAUGUCCCUAUAUCUUCAUCUUUGGAGAUGCUUGAUCAUGACAAAGAAGCAACCGCUACUAUUAAUCAAGAAAAGCCUGAUGAUAGAAACAUCAAUAAUGCAAAGCCUGGGCUGGUCUCAGAUAUCUCUGAGUAUAUUGAGCGUUGCAGUUGUGAUGUUAGUGACAAAGUUGAAAUGCAGAACAAGGAUGAUAUUCAGAGCGUAUUAGAUCCUCAAAGUAUAUUGGUUUUGCUGUCUAGCCAGUGUAUCACAAAACAAGCUGUUUGUGAGCAGAGCCAUCUUUCUCGUAUAAAAUAUUAUGGGAAUUUUGAUAUAUCACUUGGACGAUUUCUGCAAGAUGUUUUACUCAACAAGAAACGCACUUGCUCUUCAUGUGGUGAACCACCAGAGUCGCAUGUAUACCGUUACACCCACCAGAAUGGAACUCUUACUGUUCUUGUCAGGCAACUUCCUCCAGCGUCACGUCUGUCAGGCGAAGGUGAAGGAAGGAUUUGGAUGUGGACCAGAUGUUUAAGAUGUGAGCGUCAAGGUGGAAUUCCAAAAUCCACACGAAGGGUUGUAAUGUCGACUGCAGCGCGCGGUCUCUCAUUUGGGAAGUUCUUAGAGCUCAGCUUUUCAAGCCACUCUGCAGCCAGUAGGUUAUCAAAAUGUGGACAUUCAUUGCAUAGGGACUGCCUUCGGUUUUUUGGAUUAGGCUCCAAAGUUGCCAUGUUCCGAUAUUCGUCAGUCGAAAUCUAUACUGCAUGUAAGCCACCACCGGUCCUAGAGUUCCGUAAUCCCCAUGGACAAGAGUGGCUUAAGAGAGAGUUGCAAAAUAUUCUUGCUAGAGCACAACUGUUUUUCUCCGAGGUUGCAAACAUGCUGCAAAAGUUGAAGCUUAAACAUUCUAGUCAGAUCUCAAAACAGUAUAUGGAUAUAUCUGGUUCAGUCAAAGAAUUUUCUGAAGUGGAAGAGAUGCUGAUUCAAGAACAAACUGAGUUUGAGGCUUCUUUGCUAAAUGCUAUUAAUCAUGGCGAGCAGCUGGGAAUGACUGUACAUGAGGUUCUUGUUUUAAAUUGGCUAAACCAGGAGUUUCUCCUUAUGCUGUAUGUUUGGGACCGUCGUUUGCAUCACCUUCUACAGCAUAAACAAGUCCAACUAAAGAAGGAUGGCAGUACAUGCAAUACAUAUGUUGAAAGAAAUAUGCCAGAAAAUGGUGAAAAAGUUUUGGAAGCUUCGAGUCAGAUUCUUAUAGAUGUUAAUGAAUCCUCUUCUUCUAGUGGCAACUGUCAUGCUCAAGAUAUGCAAACUGAGCUGCAAAUUGAGUCAGUUGAUGAUUCUGGCGACACAAGCAGCAGAGCCCAAAAUUCUCUUGAUGCAGUGUUUUCUGAAACUGGAAGUUCAGCUGAGAAGAUUUCAGAUAGAUCAACAGUUGAGGAGCAUUCAGCAUCUUUUCUUGACCAUGAUUAUGGUAGCAAACCAGCUGAUGUGUCUACUCCUACUGGAAGUAGCAAGAAUGGUCAAGAAGCACAAAUUCCUAUUUCUGAUGAUAUGCUGGUGGACCACUCUAUCCAAGUUACAAGAGAACCAUACCUUGAAAAGGUAUCUAACCUAGAGCUAAAAAGUGAUGAGACAGCUACUAGCGGUGAAAUGUCUGCCAUGUCCAUGUCCAAGGACCAUCCUAGAAUGUCUCAGGAGUUCUCCAAUUCCAAAUUAGAAGACCCAGACAAAUGGAUAUGGGCUCCUUUUUCUGAAUUGCGAAGGGUAUACAAAAGGGAUCUUCUUGGUGGUUCAUUGCAGAAGUUUGUAUUUGUUAAUACUUACACUCCUGUCCACCUGUCUCCAAUGUGUCAACCAUCUGCUCCCGAAAUGGGCUCGUUGCAGUUCACAGUUGGUCCUGGUGGCAAUGUUUUGUCAGUUUCAGAAGAUGAGAUAUCGAGCAUAAUAGCUUGUGCACUAGCCAUAUCUGAGGUUCAGCAUAGGUUGUCGGAUAGCGUGGCUGAAAAAGAAGCAGGGGAGAGCAAAGGAGAGACUGAUAAAACAAUAGUAAAGUCUAACAGCCUGUUAUUUAAUGGUUCCAUGGUUUCUUCUGUUUUGCCAUCUACUGGAUCUUUAGACUAUGAAGGAAUCCACUCAUCGCAGAGUGGUUCCUCACUUUCAUCAGAGGAGUUGCCCUCCCCUUCUUCUGAUGGUUCAUCUGUGGAUCGUCUGCUAGCUUCAGAAGAUCUUCAUCCUGAAAUUCCUGUCGGAUCUGGAAGAGUUGCUGGAAAGAGUAAAUAUUCAGUAGUGUGCAUAUAUGCAAAACAAUUCUAUACUCUCAGGAAGAAAUGCUGCCCAUCAGAACUCGCCUACAUAUCUUCCAUAAGUCGUUGUAAGAAGUGGGAUGCUCAAGGAGGGAAGAGUAAAGCCUUUUUUGCAAAGUCAAUGGAUGACAGGUUCAUCAUAAAACAAAUAAAGAAGACUGAGCUUGAUUCCUUCUUGAAGUUUGGCCCCGAUUACUUUAAGCACAUUUCUCAUUCUAUAGAAUCAGGAAGCCAAACAUGUCUUGCUAAAAUCUUUGGAAUAUACCAGGUUAGACAAAGCAAAAGUGGAAAAGAGGUUAAAACUGAUCUAAUGGUGAUGGAAAAUCUUCUCUUUGGGCAUAGUGUUUCACGCAUAUUUGAUCUCAAAGGAGCCGUCUUUUCCCGAUAUGUUCCACCAGAUACAAAUGACCAUCAAAAGGUUCUUUUGGAUCAAAACUUCAUUGAAUAUAUGCGUGUUUCACCUAUUUAUAUUGGUGGGAAAACUAAACAUCUUCUGCAACGGGCCAUUUGGAAUGAUACAGCUUUUCUUACUUCAAUCAAUGUAAUGGAUUACUCCUUACUUGUUGGAGUGGACAAACAGCGGCAUGAGCUUGUAUUUGGCAUUAUAGAUUACUUGAGGCAGUACACAUGGGAUAAACAACUUGAGACAUGGGUGAAGUCUUCUCUGGUUGUUCCUAAAAACUCAUUGCCAACUGUGAUUUCCCCAAAGGAGUACAAGAAAAGGUUUAGGAAGUUUAUGACUAAAUACUUCAUGACGGUCCCGGAUACUUGGAGUUCCGAACGGUGUUCAGACCCCUGCAAAUUUUGUAUUGCUGACAGCAGCAAUUCAUCUAACGUACACAGUGAAAAACUGUCAGAACAGCCAAUUGAGGCUUGUGCAUGAGCUCCAUUUAUCUGAAGUCGGAGGUUACAGUUUCCUGAAAUCUGCUUAAUGUCAAACCAAUAUUAAGUUUUUUUUUUGCCUGUUCUCUGUUUUUCUGGUUUUGUGAGGGCUGUGUAUAAAUGUUCCUCACUUAUUAGGUCCUCCCAAUAUUUGCAAUUUUUUGGCAAAUUUCUGGUGUAGGUGGGUCCAUGACAUAAUUUGUAUUUUCUUAUAUCUGUAAUCAUUUUUUAAUCAAUUCACAGUGAUUGUAAAGAAAUUAGAAAAGAUGGUCAGUUUUAUGUUCCUUGGAAAUAUAUACAGUGGAAUAAUGCUAAAAAAUUUCGUUUCAUUUAUGCA